AUGAUAAAAACAACGUUGGGAGUUGUUUCUGUGACUGGUGAUCUUGUUGAGGAACAGUACGAAGGGGAAGUUAUUCUUGAAGUGAAAAAGAAGUCACAAGUCGUCUUGAUGAAAAGAGGAAUGUUUCUGAAACUUAAUCAUGGCCCAAAGUCUGGUGAUCCACUGUUCCGAUUGUGGGACAUUCCAGAGAUUAUUGAUGUUGACAGAUCGAUAAAUACAAUAGCUGAGAUGCUCACACGGUUGUUGGACAAUAAAAAGAUGCCAUUUGUAACUGUCAACGCAAUAGCUACUGUCAUCGACAACGAUGUUUCUUUGAGGUCCGAGCAUUUUAACACGUUCUUGGACAUUCUCACUAUUAAACCGGAAAUUCCAAUUGGUGUUCUUCUGAUUGACGAAACAACCGGUGAGUUGAUGUCACUCUUUGACAUUGCAAUCAAGACAGAAAUGCUACAAAAGACAAUUUACCAAAUUUCAUCACCAGACUACAAGUAUAAGUUAACACUGAAGAAAUACAUCGAGACGUGUUUCCCAUUCGAGUCGAAUAGCGCGAUUUGUUCACAAGUUGGCGACGUUUUAGUUGGGUUUUUGAGACGAAAAAUCCUUUCGAAACUUAAGAAAGGGCUUUACUACUCUUUUGUGUUGAUGUUGAAAACGUUCAGGUACAAGAGUGAAGAACAGAGAGAGUCUCGAAUGGCAUUUCUUUUAUUCCGAAAGAAGUAUGACACCUACCCCCAAAGUCACAUGAAGAGGUUCUUCAAAAUCUACACUGAAGACUUCAUGAAAAUUGUUCACAAUUAUUACAAGAACUUGCCUUCACCAAAAAAAGAGUUGAUCGAUACAUGGAACUUGAUUAAGAAGUUUGAGUGCACUGAUGCUGAAAUUAUUCACAAAGUUAAGCCGAUGUUUGUCGCAUUGAUUGGGAGUGCAAGCAGCGAAAUGUAUGCCAACAUGAAGUUUGCAGUUGAUUAUUGCAACCGUUACAUUGCGAUGAAUGCAGAAGAAGAGUGCAAAAAUUUGACAUAUGUACGACGAAUUGAAGCUGAGUGUUUGGCCUUUUUGGUCAAUGAAACUAUUCCAAUGGUCACAAUGCUGGGCUUUGACAAUACGGUGUUUUGGACGUUCAAUGUUCCAGACGAGCUGUGUAAAGGACUUAAAAAGCUCAGAGACUCGAUUCAACCGAUAAUUCUACCGUUUGAAGGACCCUUUGAAAUGUGGGUGCCGUUCCACGUGACUAACAAAAGAGAGAUCAUUGAGAGUAUUGGACAUGGAAAUUUGGAUUUGUUACAUGGAAUAAUUGUUGGGAAUAACGCUUUAUUGAAGACAUAUUUACUAACAUUUGAUUCAGAGUUUUGCUUCCCAUGGACCAAGGAAGAGGACCAAAGAAAUGGAGCCGUCAUGAUGAGCGAGAAGACUGUUGUGUUUACAAUGUUCUACUUGUUGUAUGCUGUUGGGCAUUUGGAACACUUUUGCAAAGACGAACCGUUUCUCGUUGUUUUUGUGAAGUUCUUGACAAUUUUGUUCAUGAGAGACGACCUGAAAUUGACAAGUUUGAAGAGAAAAGGAAGAGAACAGAAGGUCAUCUUGAAGAAGUACUUUUUGGUCGGGAAGAGCAAACAGAAUAUGUUUUACUAUUUCCACGCACUUUUUUUGAAGAAGGUUGGCAACUUAAGUUUUGUCAAAGACCACUUGAUGAUGAUCUACAGAAUGUUUGCAGAGAGUGAAAGUUUGGAAGUUUCUGAAAAGUUAAAAGAAAACAAAAUGUACUUUGCGGAGAUCCCAAAGCAUGUCGCGAACAAAGAGGAGUUGGAAGAGUUGGCUUUGCAAAUAUCGAACGAGUUAUAUUUCAAAGUUGAGAAGAAGGCGUGUGAAUUGGAUUUUGAAGGGUUGAAAAAAAUGUUGUCAAAAACACGAGGAGAGAUAUCCGAGUAUUAUAAAUUAGUCGAGAACGCGGAAAUUGUUCUCAUAAAGGAUAUGUGGAAGAGUGUGUAUGGGGAAGUACGCUCUGCUUACCUUGGAGGCGAUAAAGUGUCUGUCAAAGUGUUUUCCGAAAAGAGUGUUAAUUUCAAGAGUGAGCACUUUUUGGAAGACGUUGCGCUCCUCAACGUUUUGAAACACCCGAACGUGAUCAGCAUUUUUGGAACAACAAUGAAUUUGAGAAAAGACGACAUGAGCACUUUUUUCGUUGUGACUGAACCGAUCAAAACGAAUAUUGAGUUACUCACAAAAAGUAUGAAACUCGACGAGAAGACAGCAUACGAAAUUAUUGUGUCAAUUGUCAAUGGGAUGCAAUAUCUUCACGAGCUCAACAUUCUGCACGGCAAUUUGAAUCCAAAUAACAUCGUGAUGACAACAGACGAGUGUGUGAAAAUCACCGACUUUGAGAUGUGCUUUUACUUUAACAUCUCAAAGGCGUCGAUGAAAGACGGUCCACAUAGAUGGAUGUCUCCUGAGAGACUGAUGUUCAAGAAUUUUGAAAAAGAGAUGGAUGUCUAUUCUUUUUCUCUUGUCGCGUGGCAGAUCUUCACUUCAAAGACCCCAUUUGAGAGCUACACAAAAAUAGGGGAAUUCAAGAAGGCGGUCUGCGAGAAGAAUGAGCGGCCUGAUAUUAAUGAAGUGCCUACUUGGGCUCAGAGUUUUGUCAAGAAAGGAUGGAACAAGUCGCAGAAUAGACGACCAACCUUUUCUAAAAUUGCAAAAGAGCUUUCUUUGAUUCACGUUGAUUGA